GAGUUCCGAUAUGAGUUUGCUAUGGGUGAGUUGCUGUGAUUAUGGGUGAGUUCCCAAGCAUUUGCAAGGUAGUGCUUGUAGGAAAGCAACAAGAAUCUCCAAGACCUUUGCCUUUGUGUUUUGUCCUGGGGAGCUGUGAGGCACUGGAAUACAGCAAAGGGCAGAAUCUGAACUGAUGCAAGGGUUCCGUUUCUGCAAACUUGCGUGGAGGAGCUGUUGUCUACAGUUAGUUGGGCUGAGGCUGGUCUAGGACUUUGCUAGUUGGACAAAAGCAGACAAGAAGCCAUGGAUAAACUGAAAGCACGCAGCGUCCUGGUGACAGGAUCCAACCGAGGUAUUGGCUUAGAGCUUGUCAGGCAGCUGUCGGAGAAAAGGAAUCAUCCAGAAUGGAUCUUUGCCAUGUGCCGUGACCCAGAGGGACCCUGUGCCCAGGACUUGAAGGAUGUGGCUGCCAAACACCCAGAAGUUAAAAUCAUCCUGCUGGAAGUUACCGAUUCUUCCAGCAUCCAAGCUGCUGUGGCCAAAGUCACAGAGCACCUGCAAGGAGCCGGGCUGAAUCUGCUCAUCAACAAUGCUGGGAUUAUAAGGCUCAGCACUCUGGAAUCGGAGACAGGCAAGAACAUGUCCGAAGUGUACAAAACCAACGUGAUAGGGCCCAUGAUGGUAAGCCAGGCGUUCCUGCCCUUGCUGAGGAAGGCAUCUCAGGAAAGUCCCCAGCAAGGGAUGAGUUGUAGCAAAGCUGCCAUUAUCAACAUGACCAGCGCAUCUGGCUCCAUCACAGAUCUCCCUCAAUGGCAUUUGGGGCAGAUCAUUAACUAUCGUUGCAGUAAGACAGCAUUAAAUAUGCUUACCCGGUGCCAGUCCCUUAGAUAUGCUGAAGAUGAGAUCCUAUGCAUUGCAUUGACCCCUGGAUGGGUGAAGACAGACAUGGGAGGCAUGCAGGCCCCAGUGACAGCAGACACAAGAGUGCGAGUGAUUCUGAACACCCUCGGCCGUCUCUCUGAGAAAGACAAUGGUGCUUUUUUGAACUGGGAGGGGAUAGUCCUGCCUUGGUGAGGUCCAAACUGCCCGAUGGUUGCCUUUCCAGAAGAAUCUCUCAUAGGGUUGCCAAGUCUGACUAAGGAAAUAUCUGGGGACUUUUGGGGUGGAGCCAGGGGACUUUGGGGGUGAAACCAAGAGCAAGAUUGUGACAAGCACGAUUGAACUCCGAAGGAAGUUUCGGCCAUCACAUUUAAAGGGACCACAUUUCUUUUAAAUGCCUUUCCUUCAUUGGAAAUAAUGGAGUAUGGGGGUACCUUCUAUGGGGGUCAUAGAAUUGGACCACCGGUCCAAUCUUUUUGAAACUUGGGGUGUUUUUCUGAGGAGAGGCACUAGAUGCUAUGCUGCAACUUUGCUGCCUCUACCUUAAAAAAAAACCCCAAGGCUCCAGAUACCCACAGAUUGAUUCACUAUUAUACCCUAUGGGGAACCAGUCUCCAUAGGGUAUAGUGGAGUGCCCAUUUCCUCCCCCCUCCUGUUUCUGAUAUCCCUGAAGUGUGGGGGGAGGGCCUCCAAGCCAGGGAAUCCCCUGCCCCCAACUGGUGAUUGCCAAGUGAUACAAAUCUAAAUCAGAGCUACUCCAAUGUGAUUCAAUAGAACUACAAAAAUAUUUAUCAAAUUCCUCAGUACAGAAGGAGUGCUUUCUUGUUGGAAUUUUUUUUCCUUGUUGGAGAAUGGUCAUCAUUUCAACGUCAUUCUUCCAUACCAACAGGGUGAAAACACCUCACAACACAGGUGUGAACAUCCCUUGCAAGUGCAACAGACAGCCAACUUGAUGCAUCUGUUUCAAUGUUAAUUUCUUCAGGAAAGGGAUUAUCCACAAUAGAAUAUUCAAAAUAGGGAACAAAGUCUCCAAAUCUCUGACAAUUCAAACUGGGACUAAAAGUCUACACAAUGUACAAGUUAGCAUUUGCUCACCAGGCUUCCAGCUAGGGUUACCAGGUCUGACUCAAGAAAUAUCUUGGGACUUUGGGGGUGGAGCCAGGAGCAAAGUUGUGGCCAGGGGUCAUUUUGUAGAAAAAUAGGUGGUGGAGCUCAUCCAGGGAUUGUUAUGCAGCUGCACAUACUAUUCAAUGGACAAGGAGGUGGAACUCUCAGAAAGAGGAGGCGGAACUCUCGGAAAGGUUCAGGAGCUGUGUUCCCGUGAGCUCCCACUGAAUCUGAGGCCUGGUUGUGGCAAGCAUAAUUGAGUUUAGAAGGGAGUUCUGGCCCUCACAUUUAAAAGGGACCACAUGCCUUCUAAAUGCCUUCCCUCCAUUUGGAAUAACAAAGAAUGGGGCACCUUCUUUUGGAGCUCAUAGAAUUGGACUCCCUGGUCCAAUAUUUUUGAAACCUGGGGAGUGUUUUGAGGAGAGGCACUGGAUGCUAUGCUGAAAUUUGGUGCCUCCAGCACAUAAUUUAGCUGAGUAAUGUACUUAUGUGCUAUGAAGUUGCGACAAACUUACGUUGACCUCAGCAAGAGACUUUCAAGACAAGUAGGCAGCAGAGAUGGUUUGCCAUUGCUUUCCUCAGCAGUCUUCCUUGGUGGUCUCCCAUAUGAAUAUUGACCUUGCUUAGCUUCCAAAACCUGAUGGGAUCUGGUUAUACCAUGCUGCCUUCCUUCUGAUUACUUUUACCUACUCCUAUUCAAUUUAUCAGCUUUUCAGGGACAGUAUUUUUAAAACCAGACAUCCUCGGUUGCCAUCAGGUUUGGAAUAAUUCAAGCUAAAUCGAUGGUUAAUUAUUUUGUUAAACUCAUUUAUUAAUUUCAGUAUUAAUUAAUAAACCAUUAAGUUAAAAGAAA